UUGGGUUGUUUUUAACCCAGCAUUUUUAGAGUGUAAGUUGCUAUAAACACAGCCACAUAAUAUUUCUAUACAUUUAAAAAUAAUGCUUAUACUGUAUAUCUCCAUAUUAACAGGCAAACAAUAGUGUGACUAAUUCCGAGUCUUGAAGAGUAAACUCUCAAGUGUUGGCUUUCUAAGUUCAUGUUGGUUAUGUGUCUAUUCAGAAUGACUUCUGAGCAGCAACCUUUUUGUUUUGGGUAUGUCAUUUUGCCCCCCUUGCCAAAAUGGGGGUUGCAUGGAAGGGGUUAAACAGAAAUGCAGGGGCAAAGACUUGUGUAUUUUCUUAGAAAUGCAUAAAGCAUUUUAGAAAAAAUAUCCACAGUGAAAGCUUUAUAUAUUAAUUUCAGUAAAAGCAAUAUUUAAAAGGUUGGAAUGAAUUAUGUACAAAGUCGUGCAAAUUGGUUGACAUUUAAAAAUAAUCUUUUUUUUUAUUUUAGCAUUUAAACAGUCAAAUCCAUUAAAUAAUGAGACUAAGUUCAACGUCCUACAAAUUAUAUUAGUAGUAAUUUAUGGGUAUACAUGGCACUGAUUCCUGACUCAUUCUCAGAUAUGUCAAAAUAAUGUACUCAAAGAGUAUUGAGGCAGUUCAUUAGCAGUCUUCUGUAAUCCACAUAUCUGCUCUGUGAGUGUGUGAGUUUAAGACUUUUUUUUUUUUUUUUUUUUUUUUUUUUGAGGUUUUCCUUAGUGUUUAUUUUUCUUGUCCACUGAUGAUGGAAAAAAUUUCCACAGUCACUCCAGAUCUCUCUCUCUCUCUGUGUGUGUGUGUGUGUUACAGAUGCGAGGACUGGAUAACACCACCUUCUAUUCUAACAUCCCUGUGGCUGCUGACAUCACAGUGGGUGUGGUUUACUCCCUUUUUGGUGUUUGUUCGCUAUGUGGAAACAGUAUGCUGCUGUAUGUGUCCUACAAGAAGAAGCACCUGUUAAAACCAGCCGAGUUCUUCAUUAUUAACCUGGCCAUCAGUGACCUGGGAAUGACCCUCAGCCUCUACCCCCUCGCGGUCACCUCAAGCCUCGCCCACAGGUGGCUUUAUGGAAGGACAGUCUGUGUAAUCUAUGCCUUCUGUGGUGUUUUGUUCGGGAUCUGCUCUCUGACCACUCUCACUAUACUCAGCACUGUUUGCUGCCUCAAAGUCUGCUAUCCACUUCAUGGUAAUAGGUUCAGCUAUGAGCACGGUCGUGUGUUAAUAGCAUGUGCGUGGGCCUAUGCUCUCGUGUUCGCUUGCUCCCCUCUUGCCCACUGGGGGCAGUAUGGUCCUGAACCCUACGGCACGGCCUGCUGUAUCGACUGGGCCUGGUCCAAUCACAACUCAGUUGCCCGCUCCUACACCACAGUGCUCUUCAUCGCCUGUUACCUGCUGCCGUGCGGCAUCAUCAUUGUCUCCUACACACGCAUACUGCUCACGGUCCGAGAGUCCCGCAGAGCUGUGGAGCAGCACGUCUCAGCACAGACACGCAUGGGGAACAUCCAGGCCAUUAUAGUGAAGCUGAGUGUGGCGGUGUGUAUAGGAUUCUUCACUGCAUGGAGUCCAUAUGCACUGGUGUCUAUGUGGGCGGCGUUCGGCCAUUUUGAGGACAUCUCGCCCCUGGCCUUUGCCAUCCCUGCGGUUUUUGCCAAAUCCUCCACCCUUUAUAACCCUCUGAUCUACCUCUUGCUUAAACCCAACUUCCGCCACCUUCUCUGCAAGGACAUGCGCUCCCUGCGAGGGGCUUGUGUGCACCACUGCCUGUGCCAGUGUUUUCCCCGCUGGAGCUACCGCCCAUCUCUGGCCCUCAGUCUGCGGCCCCUGCGGCGAAGAGGCCAAUCCAUCUCAGAUUCCAUGGCGGGGCCCGUGGGUCAUUGUCACUGCCCUUGCGAGAGGUGCAACGACCCGUUUGAACAGUUUAAGCACUACCCACGCCGCUGUCCCGUCAAUGUGAACACUGUGCAAUUGUCUCUGCAGGACAGCACCGAACCCGAAUUGGAGCCGGAACGAGAACCUAGAGUGAUAAACGAACUCAAACCAAAGAGCCAAACAGUGGAGUGUAAGAAGUCCGUGCGGGUGAUUGUGAGGGGGCGGAAAUGCUCCGAGAUUGACAGUCUGGAGAUCACCUUGGAAACGGUGCCUUCUCAUGGCAAAGCUGCCAAAAACGGCAAACCAUAACACCUGAGCCUAUGUGUGUUUAUACUCGUGCGGUGAGUGUGUGUAUUCACUUGUCUCAAAGGGGAGUAAAUAGACUUUCACAUAUGCCUCAAUUAAGAUGCUGAGAGCAAAAUAUUUCCGAACAAUGUACUGAUGAUUGUUUUUUAAUUUUUAUUUAUUUAUUUGGAACAAGUGGUUUCUUAUGGACAAUUGACACAAUGUAUGAGUUUUUUGUUUUUUGGGCUCAUUGAACUUUUAAAUGAAGUGUUACGCACAUCUUAGCUAUCUGCUGAGGGAACAAACACAUAUGCAUUCUUGAUAGUCGCUCUGGUACACGUGAAGGUGUUGGAGAAACCUGUUUGGAUUUAAAUAGGCAAAUACUUAAGAUUCUAUGAUUGGAUCAUUAUUGCUGUUAUUAUUAUGUUUCUAGCAUGUUGUAUGUU